CACCCAUACACAGUGCGCACGCGGCGCAACGGGACCGCGCGCUGCCCGCGCCAGCUCCAUAGCCCCAGGACGUACUAUAGGACGUACCGCGCGCAAAAAACGCGACGCGUAUUGGUGCGCGGGAGCGGCAGCACCAGCAUUGGCAAAUUGGGGCAGCCAUGCGGGCGCUCCUAUUGCUGGCGCUGGCCCACGCGGAGCCAUCGAUAAGCGCCAUCACACCAAUCAAUAAUGGAGAAGUCACGCUGCAGGAUGGAGCGUUAGUGAUGGCCUACGCUGUCGCAGACGCCACAGACGAUUUACGACUGUGCACUCAAUUAACAAACAAGCGCGUCUCCUUCGAGAGCCACACGCACUGCGUGGAGGCGCGGGCGCCGGUCACGUCGUUCAAGCUGGGCGGCUUUCUGCCCGGCGUGUGGCGGUGCCGCGCGGUGCUUAGACGCGGCCCAGACCCGCCCACUCUUCAUAGGGGCGCGGCACCGUUGAAUGGUGUGGUCAGUAACGUCGAGGAGACCUGGUUCCUCGUUGAGAAACAAAGGUGGCUGGCCGACGUGACUGGCGAGGGGCCCAACGUGACGGCCGCGAGGCGCGUCUUAGAGCUCGCCUCGGCCGACGAAACCCUGCGCAAGGCGUUACAAGAUACGGCUAUCGACGAUAUGUUGGUCGUGACGAUGGCCAACCUGCCGCACGCCGACCUGGCGUUGAAUCUCGCGUUCUCGGCGGCGCGAGCCGGCGCGCCGCUCUUCGCCUUUGCGCUGUCCGACAGUACAUAUGACAAACUGCGAACGCACAACGUCGCCUGCGGUAAGUUGCCGACGCUCUUCGGCAGUGUAGAUGGUAGAAAAGACGUCCAGUCGGCCGGCUUCUCGGAAAUCGCGGUCCUCAAGCCCGUCGCCGUCGUUGUAGCAUUACGAGCUUCGAUACAAGUCGUGUGGUGGUUGGAUACUGAUGUCGUCCUGCUGCGGGACCUGCCUUUGUCUGAUGCAGCCUUUGCGAUCCAAGCCGGUGGUUUACAUGCUCGAGAUUAUGCCAUAAACGAAGACCAGUUCCACGCGGAGCAGUGCACGGGCGUGUUUCGUGUUACAAGAGAGGCAGAAAUGUUACUGGUGCAGAGCGCGCUCGAGCUGGCCACGAUACGGGACAAGCAUCCGGAGCGCACGUGGGCCGGCGAUCAAGCUGCGUCCAAUCUAGUCCUGCACGAGCGGCGCUUCCGAGAGGGCACGAAUAUUAGUGUAGAGGUCUUGGAUCCAUUGGAAGUGCCGGGCGGCGGUCUGUUCUUCGACGGACCUUUGCAUGACGAUCGAGGACCCUUGAUACGAGCGGACCCGGUCCUGGCGCACAACAACUUUUUAGUUGGUGCAGAGAAGAAGUUACAGCGUUUCCGUGCCCAUGGCAUGUGGUAUGCUGAUUUUGUAGGAGCCUUCGACGACGCUUUAUUACAUAGAGCGCCUCUGGACUCCUGCGCUUCGAUUGAAGUAAUGGGGAUCACGCCCGAGGUCCGCUCCAUCGACGACGUCCUCUUCGUCGAAGGGCGCACUGUUCUACAUCUCCACUCGACUUGUUCCCUGAAGGAUAGAGUAGUUGCCGUGGCUUCGCUCGGCGACCGACCCUGGGUCUCUUCCCUGAUAAAAAGAGUGGCGGCCUACUCGAUAAAGGUAGACGCCGAUCUACUCGUGGCCGGCGACGCGUCGCAGUGCUACACGCACGAGGAAGGCGACAACGGGUGCGCAAAGGCGUUCAAGCUGAUCGUGCGGACGCAGCGUCUCCUUCAUGCUUCGCGUCGACGGCGUCUGUGAGCUUCGCGUCAACGCAGGUCCUCCGGAGCGCCCUGCGGAAGUAUCGAAGAGUAUUGGUGCUGGACGACACUGUUGUAGUAAGAAAGGAUGCCCCGGACGUCUUCGAGCUCGUGCCGGUGGUAGCGCUAGGCGCCACCGUCGAAGAUCCACUAGUUCGUAAACCAGAAGAAGCCAAACAGUCGCUCGAGAUUAGUUGUUUGCGCUACGGCGUUCCUUGCAACACCGAGGAGGCCUGGUUCAACUCCGGCGUGCUGGUGGCGAGCUGGCCGCAGCUUGGGUUAGUGGAAACCCUACCUCCGUGGGACUCGUUCGAAAGGGUCUUGCACUGGGACCAGGGCUACCUGAAUGCGAUGCGGUUGAAAUAUGAAGUGCCGUUGGUGGAUUUGGGCUACGCCUUCAACUGGGUCGGGUCAUUUCAUUCGACGAAUUCGGAGAACGCGCCCUUUUCCGCCUUCGACGCGUUCUUCGUCCACGGGACGACGGGAUUAUUCUUGCCGCAUCUGGAACGAGGCGAGUACCUUGUCAACGUGUCGCGGGCGUGGGACCUUGUGGGUUUGUGAGUAAGUGUUUGUGGUUGUUUC